AUGGGAAGGGGGCCGCGAGGCGAAGUGUUCUUCAGGGUAGCGGGCUCGAGUCUCCGCAGCUACGGCGGCGGCGGCGCGCUGGGCUGGCAGCGGGCGCGGGCCGGGGUCCGGGGGUGCCGAGCGCCGCCGCCGCCGCCGCCGCCGCCACCGCCGCCGCCACCACCGUUCUCCAAAAUAGCCGUUAGCGCCCUGCCAGCGAAGAAGGGGCUCCGGGCGGCCGCACCAAUUCCGGGAGCCGAAAGCAGAGUCCAGGCACCGCCACUUGCGAAAGAGGGAGAAUGCCAAGCAGAGACCGGAUCCGCACACACGUCUACGCGUGCCCACCGGCACCGCGCGCGUCCUCUGGGCUUCCGCGCCGCCCCCGCCAGUGCUGGCAUCCAGAGCUGGACGCGGGAGCGGCCGCCCGAGGAGGACACCCAGCUGCGUGGCCGCGGGUCGGGCCCCAGCUGCGGCAGAGGUGCCGGGCCGGGCGGCGGAGCGCCCAGGGCUCGACGCCGGCCGGAAUCUCUGGGUGUGCGCGGGGGUGCGCGCCGCGGAGGCGAGAGGAGGAGGUGGAAGAGGAGGGCGAAGCCGAAAGCAGGCGGACGGGCUCCCGGGCUGCCCGAGAGAGAGGCUGUGUGUGGUCACGUUGCGCGCUACGUGCUGAGAGCGCGAGCUGCUAGCCGCAGCUGGGCGACGUCAAAGCCGGGUGCGCGGCUCAGCCGCCUGCCUCCGCGCCUCCUCUGCCUCCUCUGCUCCGCCUUCGCUCAGCCUGCCUGUGUCAGCCGAGGAGCUCAUCAGUAUGGACAGCGCCGAGAGGCUCCGCGAGGCCGGCCACAUCCGGCCUCCAGCUUUCCCCGCCGAGGCCCUCCCCGGACUCGGAGCUCCGCGGCGCUGCCGCCGCUGUUAUGCCUGAUGCCGCUGUUUGCGCUUGCACGCGGAAGGGCCGGCUACCAGCCUAGAUCAGGGUGGUUUCAGUGUUUUCACUUCAUGUCGGUGAUUCACAUAUUUUAUCAGGAUUUGCCUGGAUAAGGAUUUUUCUGGAAUUAUACCUUAUGUGUGAUUUUAUAUAUUUGACAGAGAGAUCACAAGUAGGCAGAGAGAAGAGGAAGCAGGAUCCCUGCUGAUCCUGAUGUGGGCCUCGAUCCCAGGACCCUGAGAUCAUGACCUGAGCCAAAGGCAAGAGACUUAACCCACUGAGCCACCCAGACGACCCUUUUGCCCACCUUUU